AACAAGACGAACAUGUUGAUGCUGAAGAUCUUUAUGCCAAAGAACAUUUAAAUGUGUUCAUUGGCCACGUAGGUGCUGGAAGGUCGAUGAUGGGUGGUAAUUUGUUUGUUAUUUUUAAUGGGAAUGGUGGAUCAAAGAUCUAUGGAAAAGAAGAACGUGCCAAAGUAGGAGGAGCUUCCCAAGCCAAUAUAUUAGUCUUG